AUUUCUAAGCGGUCACACUAGACGCCAAAAAUAUUAAAAGCUCACACACCGCAAAGCAGCGGAAAAGUACGUAGUAUUACAACCAGGAAGCACAGAUAACACCGGGACUUUGGCACCUGUUACAUAACUGAGAAGCAACACCAUGGCUAACAAAGUAUUGCGAAAAGUGACGCACUGCAUCUUCGAUAUGGAUGGCCUGCUGCUGGACACCGAGAGCCUUUACACGGUGGCUAUGCAAACGAUACUCGAUCCAUUUGGGAAGACCUUCACUUUCGAUGUGAAAGAGCAACUGAUGGGCCUGCAAACGGAGCCAGUGGCCAAAUUCAUGGUCAAGCAGUAUGACCUGCCCAUUCCAUGGGAGGAGUGGGUCAAACAGCAGCACGACAACACUCGAAAACUCAUGCGGAACGCCAAGUUGAUGCCAGGAGCUGAACGCCUGCUCCGCCAUUUGCAUGCAAAUAAAGUGCCUUUCGCGCUGGCCACCAGCUCCGGUGCCGACAUGGUGGAACUGAAAACCACUGACCACCAAGAACUAUUCAGUCUUUUCAACCAUAAAGUUUGUGGCUCUACCGACAAGGAAGUAGCCAACGGAAAACCGGCUCCUGAUAUCUUCCUGGUGGCUGCCGGUAGGUUUCCAAUUCCACCAGAUGCCAGCAACUGUCUGGUAUUCGAGGAUUCGCCAAACGGCGUGACGGCAGCCAAUAGCGCGGGAAUGCAGGUUGUCAUGGUGCCGGACGAGCGACUGUCUCCGGAAAAGAGCUCCCACGCCACGCAGGUGCUGCGUUCUCUCGAGGACUUUAAGCCGGAGCAGUUCGGUCUUCCUCCUUUCCAAAACUGAGCUUAGUACCUUAAAACUAUUGGAGCUUUUAAAAAAGAAACAUUUGGAGCCAGGCGACGCUAAUAUUAAAAUUUCAUGUACCUAUUGAAGGAUAGUAGGAGUAAAGUUACCGGAUGGUAUA